AUGAACGGAACGAAGGCGCAAACCCCCAAAGUAGCCAUCAUUGGCGCGGGACUUACAGGCCUUCUUACUGCCCAUGGCUUGAAGAAGGCGGGCUUCAAUGUCGUGCUGUUUGAUCAAGAGGAGGGCCUCGACGCACGAGUGCGCGACUGGCCUAUUUCGGUACACUGGGCGCUACCGAACCUGAAGUCCCUCUUGUCUGAUUCCGCGCUGGCCGAUUUCCCUCAGUCCUUCACGAACCCUCAUCUCGAGUACACGCCUGAAGUUGAGUCGAUGCCUUGCAUCAACGGGCAAACCGGCGAGGUCAUGCUCCGCAGCGCCAUGCCCGGGCUGAGGCGUAUCACGCGCCAGCGCCUGCGUCGCAUCUUGGCUGCGGAGUUCAACGCCGCCGGGGCGAUUCAGUGGGGUAAACAGCUCGAGAAGAUGGACGUUGACGGCGAGAUGGUUCGGCUCAUCUUCGCGGACGGAACAGCGGCAGAGGCUAACUAUGUUCUUGGAACUGAUGGCGCAUCGUCCAAGGCACGUGCGUUGCUGUUUGGGGACGACGAGGUGGCGCGAGCCAAGCCGUCUGGUCUGAUGUGUGCCACGGGAUAUCCCAGACAUGGUGACCCUGCAAAGGUUGAGCCAGUGGUCAACUUGCACCCCCUCGGCGCUGUAACUGCUGGUGUGACCUCGACGUGUGGGGUGGCCGUUAUGUAUGUCGACGAUCCAAAGGAUAUGGCUACCUGGACGAUAGCAUGGAUCAAGAUUUGGCGGCGUAGCAAGCUGCCAGAGCCGCCCGCCAAAAAGGGGCCAGAGGCACUGGCAUACAUCAAGGCGACUUCCAAUGAUGUGAUUGAGCCGUUCCGGUCCCAGAUUGAAUGGACGCGUGAGACCGAUGGCUGCUACAUUGACGAGAUGCGGACGUGGGUGCCCGUCAUGUGGGAAACGCAUGGCGGCCGCAUCACGCUCGCUGGUGAUGCGGCUCACCCGAUGCUCGUCUUCCGUGGCCAAGGGUUCCAGCACGCCGUUCUCGACGCCGAGCGCUACGUUCAGGCGCUUAUUUCAGUGCGUGACGGUAAGUCGAAGAAGGAGGAGGCGGUUCAAGCAUACACAGCUGAGGUGGUGGAAAGGGGAGCCAAAGCUGUGACGCAGAGCCUGAGCGAGGCGGAACUGUCAAUGGAUCUGGAAUCGGUGCAAAAGAUGCUUUUGGCGAAAAUGGGAUAUGCUAGAACGGCUUGA